AGCGAACCUUCCAUACACUUGUCUCCCGCUAUAAUCCCUUUUUCACAUUUAAAGUGAGUCAUGUAAUGUAGAAGAACCUAUAACUCUAACCAGAGGCUACUGGGAUUUGCUACCGUUUCAAUAAAUUUCCGGCGAUUCCUGCCUACUUCCGAUCAGAAAAAGAGACUCCGGCUGUUUGAUUCUUCUAAGAAUUCUGUGGAAAGCGUACAGAAAAGUCUAUUAAUCUUUUUCCGGUGAUCUCUGCCAUGAACGUCGACAGAGACGACCACUCCAUCCCUUCUUUAGAUCUCCGGAAGCUAAAAGUUGUAUCUGCUCUAGGCCGAGGUGCGAAAGGCGUGGUAUUCUUGGUCCAAACGGAAAGCGGAGAAUUGCUUGCUUUGAAAGCAAUCUUAAGAGCUUCGAUCGGGAAGAACAACAAGGCUAACGGUCAUAGCAAUGGUAGUGAGUACAGACGAAUUUGCUUUGAACAACAAGUGUUGAGGUGUUUUCAACAUCCUCUGUUGCCGAAACUUCAUGGAGUUGUGGUUACGGAAAAGAUCGUUGGAUAUGCUAUUGACUACUGUCCUGGACGCGAUCUCAAUUCUCUCAGAAAGAAGCAGACAGAGAAGAUGUUCUCCGAUGACCCCAUCAGGUUUUAUGGAGCGGAAUUGGUACUGGCGUUGGAGUAUUUGCAUAGUUCAGGAAUAGUAUAUAGAGAUUUGAAGCCAGAAAAUAUACUGAUCCAAGAAAACGGACAUCUAAUGCUUGUCGAUUUCGAUCUCUCAACCAAACUCUCCGCAAAAACUCCCGAAAUUCGUCGCAUCGUCAAAUCGCUUCAGAAAUCCGAUCAUAUAAAGAAAAAGAAAUUUCCUCCUUUCUACAGAUGUUGCAAUUCAGGAAUUUCACCUGAAGACUCGGACAACCAGGCUGAACUCGGUUUCAACUCAGUGAGUCAGAAUCACACUUCGGAGUCUGAUUCGGAUGCGAAGUCGAAUUCGUUCGUUGGAACAGAGGAAUACGUUGCACCCGAGAUCAUACUUGGCAAGGGACACGAUUUUGCGGUGGACUGGUGGUGCUUAGGUGUCGUUUUGUACGAAAUGUUAUACGGUAGGACGCCGUUCAGGGGGGCUGAUAGGAAAGAGACGUUUUUUCGGAUUUUAACGAAGUCGCCGGAGUUAGUCGGAGAGAAAACGGCGUUAAGGGACUUAAUUGGAAAAUUGCUGGAAAAGGACCCAACGCAGAGGAUCUCACUUGAGGAAAUCAAGGGCCAUCCUUUCUUCAGAAGGGUUGAUUGGAGUUUGAUUUUGGAAAUCCAACGGCCUCCGUUUGUACCUGUACGGCCGGAGGCUGAGGACAUUGAAGGCAAUAAGGGAAUUGAAGUGGAAGCUUUUGUCCAAGGAAUUUUUGAAACUGGGGAGAAGGAGAAAGGGGAAGAAAACAACUUGGAGAAGAAGAAUGAGGAGAGUACGAAUAAUGGGGUGUGGGGUGAAGGACUGAGUCACCCAACUCAGGCUGACAAUAUUUUGAUUUUUUAAUUUAUAUAUUUUAAUUUUGUUCACCC